UCUCGCUCCUAUGACAGCUUGACGCAGUAUUGCCGUGCCCUGCUUUCUUGGGCUCGCCCCUUCAUGUCUCCCACUGUACCGCAGCUGCCUCGUGGUGUGCUUUGCCUGAACUGCCGCUCCUGUCAACCAUGUCGCUUUCAGUGCAGUCCUUAAAUGGAGACACUUCCUUCCUUCUUACAUUCGACCCACCUGCAGCCCCACCAUCGUCCCCGGGCUUGUUUCCCGGUUCUUUUACGAUUCUAGUUGACCCCUGGCUGACUGGGCCAUCGAUUAUCCUCAACUCUGUCUUCUCACACUCAGAGCAAAGGGCAAAGCCGUCCAUCUCGAGCCUCCGGGACCUGGAUCGCGAGCCCGACCUCGUGCUGAUAUCCCAAGACAAGCCCGACCAUUGCCAUGAAGCGACACUGCGUCAACUGCCACCAGACGGCGAGUCGACCAUCCUAGCCAUUCCCUCUGCAGCCAAGAAGAUUCGUUCGUGGAAACACUUUCGUCCCGAGGCCGUACAUGCUCUUCCACGAUUUGCGCAGGGAAAUGACCAAUCUAUUCAUCGCAUUGUGCUACCGCCACCUUCGGCUCGAGGAACGUGUGGUGAAGUCACGGUGACCUGGAUACCUGCGAAACGCGACAUCUCCAAGGUCCACCAUGCUAUUGGUAUAACAUACCGGCCUCCAUGCACGGUGCUCUCUUCACUCAGCCCAAUGCACUACAUUGACCUUCCCAUGAGCCCACCUCCGUCGCCAGGAUCCCCGAUGACGAUUGCAUCGUCGCCUCGCACCAUUGUGCCCUCGCCGUACAACAAUCGUGAAAAGACGCUGUCGGUCAUCUACUCGCCCCAUGGAGUUUCAUACGACAUGAUACGGCCAUAUGCCAGUUCGUAUCUUGUUUCUGAAUCAGCCUUGCCUCUAACAGCGCUUCUUCAUUCUUUUGACUGCGUCGAAAAUCCAUGGUGGCUUGGCGGCAACAUAUCAGCCGGGUCUCCGGGUGGGACUGAGAUCGCCAAAAGCUUGUACGCAAAAGCUUGGAUCUCUGCCCACGAUGCAGACAAAGACAAUCGUGGAUGGGCAGUCAAGCUGACGCAGAUUGCACAGCAUGCCGCUGGCGAAGUGAGGAAGAUGCUCGACGAGGGCGUUGUGAGAAAAAAAUUGCCAAAUACAGAAGUCAUCACAUUAAGUUCUGGGGAAUGCCAUCGGGUUACUACAAGCUGAAGCGCUGCAUGUCGCAGGAUACAGUUGUCGUGGUAUUAGCAUCUGGGCCUCGCCAGGAUGUGGGUGGCCAGACAGAGAAUUGUUCAUUAGCCACAUUGACCGAGAGAGUGGUGUAGUGUAGAGAGGCUGAGACGGGGCAGGAGCGCUGCAUGGUCUUGGCCCGCAUGGAGAUGAGGUAUGUUUGAGUCUGGUGUGGUGAGAGACGGUGGACAAAGUUGCUAGUAGGAGCCUAGAGGAUGGCUUGAAACGGUUCGCACUUUGUCGAGCUCUGUGGUCGUUUCUUGUUGCUAGCUAGUUCUAUUUUGGGUGACAGGUCAA